AAAAAAAAUUUAAGGUCAGACAAAAGAGAAGGUUACAACUGCGCGCAACGCCACGCCGACACACUUCGAGAUCUCUCUCUCUCUCUCUCAAUUUGCGCUCUCUGAGAGCUCUCUGCUUUGGCUCUUCACACAUUUACAUACAACUCUUCUCUCUUCCAUUUUCACUACAUUCGUUUGAGCCUUCUUCUCAUUUCUGCCGGAUUGGUUUCUCAAGAUCUUCGGUCUCUACCCGGACCCAAUUCCUCUUUCUUAUUAAUAGAGAUCAGUUGAGACUUGAGAACGUCUCUAUUAGGUUCAUCACUUAAUGCAAUCUGAUAAGGGAGUAUCCAUAAAGCUCCAGCAACCAUGAGUUUUGUUUUUCGUGGGGUCAGAUCUGGUAUUGAAAGUAGAUUUUCGGGAUUCAUUCCUGAACAACGUGCAGUGCGCGUACAUGCAGCAAGGCCAAUUAAUACCAACUCGCUGGCUUUUCUUGUCACAGUGCUUUUGAUGUUUACCAUUUUAAAUUCUCACCAGAUGUCACCAAACUUUCUGCUCUGGGUAGUCCUUGGUAUUUUUUUGACGGCAACAAGUCUUAGGAUGUUCGCAACUUGCCAACAAGUCCAUGCUCAGUCCCAAGCUCAGGCUGCAGCUGCCAGCGGCUUGCUUGGUCACACUGAAUUCCGUGUACACAUGCCACCAUCUAUAGCACUCGCAACAAGAGGGAGAUUACAAGGAUUAAGGCUUCAGCUUGCACUUCUUGACCGAGAAUUUGAUGACCUAGAUUAUGAGACUUUGAGAGCACUGGAUACAGAGAAUGGUUCUACGACUCCUUCAAUGACUGAAGAAGAGAUCAAUGCCUUGCCUGUUCACAAAUAUAAGGUCACUGGUCUGCAGAGUGAGGGGUCAUCGCUGCAACAGGCCUCAUCUUCUUCAGCUUUACCAGAGACAAAUCAAGACUCGAACAAGGCAGAUGCAAACAAGAAGACUUCGGAAGAUGAAUUGACAUGCACAAUUUGCUUGGAGCAAGUUAACAGGGGAGAGCUUGUUCGAAGCUUGCCAUGUUUGCAUCAGUUCCAUGCCAACUGCAUCGAUCCAUGGCUGCGUCAGCAAGGCACUUGUCCUGUAUGUAAACUCUCAGUGGGGUCAGGAUGGUCAGAAAGCCGGGAUAGUGAGGCAGAUGGUGAUGACAUGGUUUAGGGGCCUGUACUCUAAUUACUCUGCAUAUGCAAUAAAGUCUGUUUGUCUGUCUCUCAUCAUGCUACGUUAUCAUUGGUGUAUAUAUAGUGGCUUGUAUGAUGUUAAAAGUUGGUUCUUGAUGUUGAGAAUGCAUGAAUUCUAUGCAUCCACUAAUGUCUUCGUAGAUUUGAUGUUUUAGCUCUCUCUCUUUGUCACACUAGUAGGAAUGAUGUCGGAUGGAAUUAAUGCUUUCAAACCCUCUCUAAUUCUCUGAACCUGCAAUCACAUACAGUGACUCUUUGCCA